GUGCUGUGACUCCUGUCAGGUAUUAAAGCACUCAUUGAUUUGGUUGUGGUUUAAGAGGUUUGAGUGAUACACAGACUUCACUAUUAAUACCAUUAUAUCUGCUGUGGACAGACAGACAGACCUAGACUUUGAUGAUGACAUCUGUGGACAGUUGUGGUGAUGAGACGGUGGUGUCGUUUGCGGGCCGUAUGUUGCGGUUGGACUCUGUGUCGGACGUGCUCUGCAUUGUGGAGGCCGUGGAAGGAUGUGAACGAAUGGUGACUCUGUGUCUGGAGGGCAACACUCUGGGCGUCGAAGCGGCCAAAGAGCUGGCAAAGAGUCUGGAGAGUCAGCCAUUUGUGGAGAACGUCUUAUUUAAUAACCUGUUCACCGGUCGCCUCAAGAGUGAGAUCCCGGAAGUGCUGCUGUAUAUGACGUCUGGGUUGAUGCUAAGUGGCGCCAAACUGGACACUCUGGACCUGAGCGACAAUGCCAUUGGGCCGGUAGGCAUGCCUUCGCUGCUGCCAUUCCUUGAAAGCCAUAGUUGUGAGACACUCAAGACAUUGAGACUAAAUAACUGUGGGUUAGGUGUGGGCGGCGGACAGAUAUUAGCCAAAGGAUUGGUUCGUCUCAAGAGUUUGAAGACUUUGGUUUGUGGCAGAAAUCGGUUGGAGAUCUUGGGCUCUCAAGCCAUUGGAAACGCUUUGACUGAAUUGAAAACUCUGGAGACCUUAGAAAUGCCACAAAACGGCAUUCACAGCACCGGCAUUGAAGCUAUUUGUCGAGCACUCGAUGCUAACAAAGGUCUCAAGAAUGUGAACCUUAACGACAAUAAUCUGAAGAGUGAAUCCAAAGCGAUAGCAUCGGCUCUUCGCAACUUGAAGUCCAUAGAAAGCAUUAAUUUGGGGGAUUGUCUGCUCAAGAGUGCCGGUUCUAUUGCCAUCUGUGAGGCCAUCCAACACGUGAUCCAAACAUCCGGCACAACACGUAUCAAAGAGAUCGUCUUAAGUGGUAAUGAGAUCACCGGUCAGAAGGCAAUUGAGGCGCUCAUCACUUGUAGCCAAAUGUUGGCUCAAAGUAAUGAAUCGGACGUCAAAUUGAGACUUGAAUUGAAUGAUAAUAAUUUCGGUGAGACUGGAGUCGAGACCCUAUUGGAUGCUUUGACACAACAAAUCGAUCUCAACAUCAGCAAUGACGAGGGCUCUGAUGUGGAAGAAGAAGAUGAAGACAAGGAUUCGAAUGAAGAAGUGGCCAAUACUUCGCUAAAGACACACAAUUCGGACACUCUUAUUGAGGAAUUGAGCAAAAAAAUAGAAAAUGAAUCGACGGAUAUUAAUGAGUUGUGCUCUCAUUUUGUCCAAAUAUCUGUCGAUGGAUUCGAUAGCCAGACGGCCAGACUUAGAGACGAGGCUUUGGUAGAAAGCGUGUAUCUAAAAAGUGCGAUCCGUAGCGAUCCAAAUGAAUUCAUAGCUAUGAACGCACUGCUAAUCUAUUUGGGACUUUUGAAAGACGAGACCGGAGUCUAUAAGACUGUCGAUGACCUGAGGGGUCCGUUGUCCGCACUAACCCACUCUCUCGGACACCUGAGUGGCCAACAAAAGCAGGUCUUGCGAGCAUUUAUGAACAGUUGUUCAUUUGAUACGCGAGUCGACAGUCGACGCCGCACUGCUGUGGAGCGCGUGGACCCACGUUUAGAUAAGAGGACGCGUUUAGUUCAACUCAUCACCAACACCACUACCACCACAUCCCAGCCCUCUAUAGGGGCGUAUCAACUCAUUUGUAUGACCAAAGACGGUAAACACUUGAGACUUAGAUCAAAGACUCGCACCCGACAGUGUGCAUGGGUUAUGGAGCCUUUGCCGCCCCAUAGGGCAGCCUAUUAUCGGUUUCGAUCGCUUCGAUGGCAUAAUUAUAUAUGUGUUGACCGCAAGUCUCGAGUAUUUGCCUGUCGUCUCAAUAGUGACCGCAAUGAUCGCGAUUCACAGUUCUAUGCAAUCAAUCAAAUGCUCGCAAACUUGUAA